AUGACCGCCGCCCGUGCCGCGGCGAGCGCGCUCGGCGCGAAAACAGAAAUUCCCGCGCCUCGGCGGCCCGUCGGUCUCUCGCGCGCGGUCCGCGCCCGACCCCGCCGGGCACUCGCCGAGGAUCGUGACGUGUCCAAACUUUCAUCCCCGGGACGGCCGCGUACGCUCGGCUGGGGCCGCAAGCGCGGUAGCGUGGGACCCGACGAGGACCUCCUCGCGGACCCGGAUACCCACGGAUACUGCGUGUACUCCCACGCCGACUGGUCCUACGCGUACAAGUCCGUGGCGGGCGAAUUCGACAGCAUCCGGGACGGUGGGGACGUCGUCGGAACCAUCCCUGAUGAGCUCAUCGGCGGAGUGCUCUACCGCAACGGCCCGGGACUGUUCGAGCGCGGGGGCAGGGAGUACAAUCACAUGCUCGACGGGGACGGGUACGUCCUUCGCUUCGAGUUCAGCGACGCGAAGACCGCCCGGUUCGCCAGCAGAUUCGUUCGCACGAAGGAGUUUCGAGCCGAGGAGGAGGCGGACGACGUUCUUUACCGGGGCACGUUUGGGACGAUGCGCGCCGGCGGGCCGUUACGCAACGCGCUCGACCUUCACCAGAAGAACCUGGCCAACACGAACAUACUGGCGUGGGGAGGGAAGGUUUACGCGCUGUACGAGGCCGGCCGGCCCGUUGAGCUCGAUCCGAAGACGCUCGAGACUGUGGGCGAGGUUGACCUGAACGGGCGGCUGAGCGGGGGCAUGUUCGCGUUCACCGCACACCCUCACGUGGAUCCGAACACCGGCCGGGUCGUCGGCUGGGGCUGGACCAGCGCCGUGGCGAAACGGUCCGUGGAGGCCACGUUCUGGGAGUGGGACAAAAACUGGGGCGAGGUUGCGUCCACCGAGUACUCGAUGUCGGGGUGCGAGGCUGCGCCGCACGACUUCGCCGUGACCGAGUCGUGGUACGUCAUGAUCCAGAACUGCCUCCGGGUGGAUCCGCUGCUGUACCUGGCGGGCGUGAAGGGCGCGGGGGAGUGCCUGGUUUCGCAACCCGAGGACCCGGUCACGGUUCACCUGAUUCCGCGGCGCGACGCGGGAUUCGACGGCGGCGCGGACAAAUCCGGCCGCGCCGCCGUCGCCGCGGCGGGGCCCAGGGAGUCGUUCGAGAUUCACUUGGAGCCCGGUUCGUUUCUGGGCGAGUGGAGUCAAUCCGCCGGUUGGGACUUUGACAUCGCCACGUCUCUGUCCCCGGACUUCAACAACAUCCCGAGGACGCUGCUGUGGAGGUACAGGAUAAACGCGAGGACCGGGACGGUGUUCCGGGAACCCGCGCCGGGGUGCGAGGAUCUGUGCAUAGACCACCCGCACGUUAACCCGAUGUUUGAGGGCCGACGAGAGUGCCGAUACGUGUACGCGUCAAUCUCCAACGAGGUUCGAUGCAGCGGACCGCCGCUGGGGUACGUGCGCAUCGACGUGGCCACGGGGAAGACCCAGCGGUGGUGGGCCGGGAACAGGACUUUCUGCGAGGAGGUGGUGCUGGUGCCCAAGAAGGGAAGCGACGGCUCGCCAGGGUCGGAUGACAGGUGCUGGGUCCUCGGCAUGUGCGUGGCGCACGACGCGGAGGGCGCGGGACGGAGCUCUCUCGUGGUGUUGGACGGCGAGGACCUGGGUAAAGGACCGGUGGCGAGGGUGUGGCUGGACAAUCAGAUUCCCCACGGUCUGCACGGGAUGUUCGUGCCGGCGUAG